CGCCCUCGGUCCAUCUUUCAUGAAGCCUGCCGCCGCCAGCCGCCGCUCAAACGUGGAGGGGAAGGACGCAGAGAGAGACGCUCGCAGCUGACUGCGCGGCUCCAUUGUUAAGUGCUGUGAGAUUUACGGCUCCGUCGACAUAUCGAGUUCAUUUAUUUCUUUUAUAUUUGACCUCAGUGCUGGACCGCGAGGGAGGACCGUUGGUUUCUCCAGGAGGCUUCCAGAACGGAGUCGGCGGUUGGAAGGACAUUAAAGUGUGAGAGGAACUGGCCGUUGAAAAAAGUGUGAGCCCCUGAACCUUGAAAGCAACAGCAGUAACGCCAGCGUCCACACCUGAGGAGGAGGGAAUGAAACCGGAUGGGGUUACCAUGGAAACCACGGAGCCCACUGAAGCUGCAGCAGUAGCAGAGCCCUCCUCAUCACAGGAAGACACAUUGGAGCAGGCCCCGUCGCAACCAGAGGAAGCUGCAAAGGAUGCAGCACCCAGAGCUGCUCCUAAGGCCAAUAGCAAGCCAGUAGCAGCAGACCCCAAAACCAAACCAAAAGCUACUGCAACUAAAACGCAGCCUACAGCUGCAUCUGGAGGAGCCUCUGGAUCCAACUCACGGCCAGGUACUGGCUCUCACCGCACGCUGAAUGACGUUAAAUCCUCUAACAAUGCUUCUGCAGCUGCAGUCAAGAAAACGGCAACAACAAAAUCAGCAGCGGGGGCCGUACCUAAAAGACCAAUGGGUGUAGCAGCAGCAGUUUCUUCCACGGUUAAGAACCAAACUAGAGUGCCUGACAAGAAGCAUAUUGGAGCGGCCAGGACUACCUCUGUUGCUACUGCCACAGUUACAAAUGGUACCAAACCAACAACAGUGAAUGGCACUGCUAAGAAAAGACCAGGGGCUGAGACUGUUAAUGUAGCUAGACCCAAAACUACAGCUACUACCAGCAGACCAACAGCACCCACUGCCCCAAAACCCAGCACUUGGACCACAACAAAAGCUGGUGCUGCUGCCGUUUCAAAGACCACCAGACCUGCUACAGGUCCCUCAGCGUCUCGACCUGCAGCCACCACAUCCAGGCCCACCACAGCUACAACCAAGCCCUCCAUCACUGCAACUGCCAAACCUGCUGCUUCUAGAGUUACCACAGCAUCCUCUUCUGGCAGGACCACAGCAGCACAGCCUCCCAAAACUGCUGCUGCUAAGAAAGAUGUCAGUCGACCAGCUUCUGCUGCAGUUGCUAAGAAACCUACAACAACUACAACAUCCACUGCUUCCAGAAAACCAGAACCCUCUAAACCCACAGCCACCGUAAAGCUCAGCUCUGCCUCCAAAUGGUCAACAACAACGAAGGCAGCAGACCCCAAGGUGUCACAGGCAAAAACUCAACCACUUGCGAAAUCUACUCCUACAAAGAAACCUCUGGCUGCUGUUCGGUUCCCUGCCCUUAACAAACCACCCCUUGGCCGAACCCCACCUGCCUCUCCAGCCAACAAACAUGCAAACAGCGCCACAUCUCUGGCAAAACGUGGCACCAAACCCACUCAGGCUGUCUCACCUUUCACUGCAGCAAAGAAGACGGGGGUUACAAAUACUACCAUACCUGCUUUAGGAGCACAGAGUGCUGCUGGUGCAGCGAUAGCAGCGGUAGCAGCAGCGACUGUGCUAGCAGAAAGACAAACGGAAGCUACAGUGUCCUUACCGCAAGAAUCAUCUGUUGCGGCCUCUGCACCAGAGGAGUUCCCUCCCCCAAUCUUGGCCCAGGAUACCACUCCGGAGGUGGUACCUCAAACGACUGCUCAAAGCCAUGCAGCUGCUUCCCCUCCUCCACAAAGCCCUGUCAGGACAGCCUUAGCACAAACAUCUCCAUCCCAGGAGCAGUUAGAAAGCAACACUCCCUUACUAACAGCACAGGAGCAGACACCUGCCAUAGCUGAGCCUACAUUACCAACAGUGGCCUCGACUCCAGACCUCUCUGAGGAGCCUGUUUACCUGUUGACUAACCAAACCCCCUCCACAUCUAAAGCCCUCCAGGCAUCAGCAAAUGGUAUUCCUCAGAUGAUUCCUCCAACCAAUCUAAAUGACGAGGAGGACGAAGAGGAGAGGGAGGGAAGUCAGCUGGUUUCUGUGUCUGAAAUGAGUGGAACCACACAGCCCACGGAGGAGUCUCGUCCUGGAUCGGCUGGACCAGUUGGAGGGUCUGCUUGGAGGGCUGGUGGCGCCUUGCUCUCUGAGCUGGACUCCGAGGAUGUAAGCGGCAGCCAGCAGGGUGCGUCUGAAUUGAGUGCCCCUGGUGUCUUGGAGGGCACAGAGAGCAUGGAUGAUCUAGGAGACGGCAGUCUCAAAGGAGCCAUUGAUAUGGAAGGAGCCUCAGCAGGUUCACCUGACUUUGAGAAGGUUCCUGAGAUACCCGUUAAUGACUUUGAUGAGGAUGAAGAUGACGACUAUGACGAUGAUCGGGUGUGUGACAUGGAUGUGGGCUCAGAGCGGGCAGAUGAACCGCAGAGACCCAGGCAUGACAAUGAUGUGGAUGACGAUGAGGAGGAUGAAGAUGUUGAGAUGGCUAGUGAGGGGGUUACAGAGAGCGGACUGGAAAGCUAUGGUAAUGCAGAUGAGGAUGAUUUUGCUGAGGAUGAAAGGCUGGACAACCUGAACAGAGUGGCCCAGCCACCACCUCCCCCUAUGUUGCCCUCUGCCCCUGCGGCUCAGUGGGACCAACCAAACCCCUUUGCUGAUCCCUGGGAAGAACCUCUUCAGCCACAGCAGGUUCUUGAGCACGUCUCCCAGCCUGAACAGGGGGCAGGAGCAGCUGCUGCAAGCCCUUUGGCAGAGCCCUGGCAAGCAGAUUCAGAGACACCAACUCAGACCCCAGCCCAAGCCUGGCUAGAACUAGGCUCUGGUCUUUUUGCUCUUGAAAACCAAGAAGUUCCCCAUCAUUCCUCUAACAAAGAUGAGCCACAAAAUCCAGAGGCCCAAAUGUACAUGAACCAGUCCAGCCCAGCUCCAAUGCAGACCCUGGCCCCAGCUCCCCUCUCUGCCCCAGGAAUGUCUCUGUCAAGCACCCUGAGCAGUGAGACCAGCACACCUGAGGAACUUGGGGACUACAAUAGAGAUGGAAAGUUCCAGCCUCAAGAUGCGCAGGCGUCUGUGCUUUCCCCACAGCCUGAUCUGGAUGACCCGGACCUGGGCAUCCACUUGGAGAGAGAAGAUGGGGAGGGAGAAGAGGAAGCUGAGGCAGAGACCCUGCCUGCUGAUGAAGUCUUGGGAGGCCCUGCAACUGCCCCCACUUCAAACCCCUCUUCAUGCUCCGGAACAGAAGAUGAGGCCAGCGACACAGAGGGAGAAGCUCAGUUGGAUGAUUCCUUGGAGAGUCCAUUGGUCAGCCACAUAACCUUUGACAGCCAGCCUCCAGCUCAGCGCUGCCUGUCCACUGUAGAAGAGGGAGAGGAGGCUGAGAUGGAGGGUUGUGCAGGUGAAGACACUACCCCACCUUCUGCUACAUCAUUGGCGUCUUACGGCUUUGAUACCAUGACCACAGCUUCAAACUCCAAUGCCCAGUCCACAGGGGAGAGCUGCGUCAAGAGCCCUGGCAUCUUCUCUCUGGAGGAGCUGCCUGAGGAGGCCAAGGAGCUCUGUCUGAUCCCACAGCCUCACACCCAGCCGUACCUCGCAGAGCAUCAGUACAUCGAGUGUGGGAAGCAGGAAGCGGAGUCUGCUGAGCAUGUCAGGGGGAAAGUGCCGGGGCCAGAGGAAGCCCUGGAUCCUUCAUCAACUCCUAGCACUUUGCAGCAACCAGAGGAAAACCCAGAUGACAUCCAGCCUCCGUACUAUUCUGCUAUCUGUGAAAAGACUGAGAACUCUUUUACAGGCUUCACUGCACUACCGCACCCUCACCGCCGCGAUCACACAGCAUACCCCAGAACCUACUGUGACAUCGUCAAACCUCACAGCGCCGCGGUCACCUCGCCGAAGCUGACCUGUGCCGACCUCCCACCCAGGAACCUUGGGCAGCAGUCGCUGAGCCCCCAGCUCCGCAGGUUGGAGCAACACCAGAGACAGCUGCUGGAGCUGCAGCAGCGCAGGGAGCAACAGAGCCGACCGCUGGAGGAGGCGGAGCAGGAGCGGAAGAGGAGGGAGGAAGAGGAGCAGAGGAAGAAGAAAGAUGAGGCUGAAGAAGAAAUAAAGAGGAAUAAAGAGGAGGUGGAGAAGAACAUGCGAGAGCAGGCGGAGAUGACAAAGCAGAAAGAGGAGGAAAAAUUGAGGAAAGAGGAGGAGCUCCAGCAGAGGAGAGACCUUGAAGUGCAACUGCAGCAGCAGCAGGAGGAGCUGAAGCAAAGACAGCAAAUCAUGCAGUGGCAACAAGAGCUGCAACAGUCUAAUAAAGGUCAGACGGUCCUGCUGUCACCUUCCUCUGGCCUCUGCACCAUCUAUGAAGCUCUAGAGAACAGUGAUGAAGAGGAGGCUGAAGAUGAAGAGGGAAUAAAGCAGCACACUACUAAAGAGGAGCCUAGUCCAGAGACGUCAAAUGAAGAAAUAGACGAGGACUGUGAAAGGGGGACAUCCGAUGAAGACAAACUUGGAGAUUCGUCGCCAUCCACAGAGACCCUUCCUCCUCUCCCAGACUCCCCUCAGACACUGAGCAACCCCUCCCAGGAUGGAGACAGCUCCUCCCCUUGCCCUCCUGAGUCUCCAGAGCGACCUCCACCCCUGGACCUGGACUGGGGGAAGAAAGUGGACAUUGUCCAGCAGCUGAUCAAUCAGACCCUGCUGCUCAACAGAGAUGGCUGCUCCUCCCUUCUGCUGCUGCCAGGGGGUGCAGGAGGCACACUGAGCCCCCUGGAGAGCAGCCUGUGGCCCAGCCUCCUGCCUCCACUCACCCCUCCUUCUGCCACAGUCACCUCUGUUAGCAGUUUCUCCCCAGAGGCCACUGGGAACUCCCCACAGGGAGAGUGGACAGUGGUAGAGCUGGAGACGCAUCACUGAAGGUGUGUGUGUGGGUGUGUGUGGGCGUGUGUGUGUGGGGGCGUGUGGGGGUGUGUGUGGGUGUGGAUGUGGGUGUGUCACUUAAAAUGCAACAUCUGCAGUACUGUUAAACACUAACAUACAGGGAAGAUAACACAAAUGCUGUCUACUUACACACACACAUACUUAUGGGAAUUCAAGAAUGGGUACACAACAAACAGGGGGAUGUACACAUGCAGAGCAGCACAUACACACAAUUAAGCAUAUUAAUAUUGACUUCUUGAACAGUAUGAACUGUUUGAAGUAAAUGCUUGGGCAGGGUGAUGUGGGGAAAAAAAAUGCAAUACCAAGUAGAAAUUCUUCAACAUUGAUCUAAAUCACAGUAUCUAUAAGGAAGAUGAACUAAAGUCCAUCACAUUAUACUAAAUGGUAAAAAAAAAAAAAAAAGUUAUUUUAAACUGUCAUUCACAAGUAUUUCAGAAGAACAACCUGAGAGAAAUUGGUAAUUGCUUUGUAGUAUUAAAUUGACUGUUAGUUCACAACAUGUUUAAAAAAAAAACCAUGAUGGUAUCACAGAGAUAUACAAUAAAUGAUACUGGUAUACUGCCCAGCCCUGGAGGUAGACCCAUACACAAUCAGUGGUUUCCAACUAACAAGGGGUCACCAGAUGAUUAGCAAGAUAGAUGAGCAUAAAAUCCUAUUUUUGCUAAACAAUAUUUUUAUUUCUUCAGGAUUUACUCUUUGCUUAUUUUUCUUUUUUAAAACUACUGAAAAAAAUUGCCUAUUAUGGAUUUAAAAAGUAUUAAAAUGCAUCAAUCUGAGAGGGAGUAAUUGAUGUGGUCUGAACUUAGACAGAUUCAACCUGUGACAAUGAGGCACAAAUCUAGAGCUCUGUUUUAAGGGGUCAUUAGAUGAAAGUUUGGGGACCACUGCAUAGAUUUACUUAAGAACGACAGGGAUCUCUAACUGUACUGUAAAAACGAGCACAACACAGAUACACAAUGCUUGGCGGUGCUACAGCUCCAUUGUUGGCUGUUUCUCAAGCACGCAUGCUGUUUAUUAACGGAUAAUGGUAAAAAAGCAAAUCUUGCCCUGAAUUAAGACUCUCAGGUUGUGCUUACUCCCAGGAUGGAUACCACCCUAAUUAAGAUUCGUGCUUACUGUGAAGUUUGUGAAACAAAUCGAAUUUGUACGUACACUAAGAGCAGGGCUGGGAUUUUAGAAGUACUGAGGUUGAAGUUCUCCCCUUGGCCUUUAUUCAGUUAACUGUCAAAUUUUCUGCAACCACAGUACUUUGAGUACCAAACUAAAUAUAUCAAUAGUGGCAAGUCAUAUUCUUAGGCUUGUUUAAUUAUUUUUCAAUCUGAUAUUUCCUCAUUUAAAACACUUAGGCUCUCGAGGGGGUUUUAACAGAUACGUGAGUAGUUUAAUGUAUUUUGUUAGAAAAUGUCAGUAUGUUCAUGGACCAAGCCCUGGGUUUUAAUUUAUUUUCUAUUAGCUUUAAAGUACUGAAAUGGAAGUAUACUGAGUGUAUAGUAAACACACUGAUAUCAGCCUGUAAAGUUUUUAAUUGUAAAAUGUAAACUACCUCCAGGUUGCUUUAACUCCCAAAUUCACAAAAUCAAAUAAGGACACAACCUCUGUGUCCUCAAUGGUAGCUGUGACACUGCCUAAGAGUCUCUACUCAGGGCCACAAAGUCUCCGGUGCUGCCAGUGAAGAACCUGGGUCUCAUCUCCACCUCAGAAAUUCAAGUAGACGAGCGCAACAUAACCCCACAGUGAAACUCUGCACCUCUCUCACCUCACACUCGCUAUCCUACACCACUGCAAACAAACAUCACACUGACGAUAAUAUUACACUUCAAUCCUUUAAACUCACACAACCAGCACCAUGUGGUUACUGACAGUCAGUAGCAGGGAUGCAUCAUGGGAUUCUAAUAGGGUUGAACCCGGAUAUUUUUCUUUAUGCCAAAUCUGUGCCAUGGGUGGCCAUGUCCACACACACAAACACACCGACGGUGCCAAAUGGCCAUUAUCAAUUUAAAUUGACUUUGUGUUCCUCACCUGUAGCCCCUUUAAUUGAAGCCAUAACUCUGCAUACAUGUUUACACAUACACUGAUCAGCCAUAACAUUAUGAGCACUGACAGGUGAAGUGAAUAACACUGAUUAUCUGGUCAUCAUGGCUCCUGUCAGUGGGUGGGAUAUAUCAGGCAGCAAGUGAACAUUUUGUCCUCAAAGCUGACAUGUUACAAGCAGGAAGAUUGAGCAGCGUGAGGAUUUGAGCGACUUUGACAAGGGCCAAAUUGUGAUGGUUAGAUGACUGGGUCAGAGCAUCUCCAAACCUGCAGCUCUUGUGGGGUGUUCCCGGUCUGCAGUGGUCAGUACCUAUCAAAGUGGUCCAAGGAAGGAAAAGUGGUGAACCAGAGACAGGGUCAUGGAAGGCCAAGGCUCAUUGAUGCACGUGAGGAGUGAAGGCUGGCCCGUGUGGUCCGAGCCGACAGACGAGCUACUGUAGCUCAAACUGCUGAAACAAUUCAUGCUGGUUCUGAUAGAAAGGGGUCAGAACACAGUUUGUUGGGGCUGCGUAGCUGCAGACCUGUCAGGGUGCCCAGGUGGUCAUAAUGUUAUGGCUGAUCGGUGUAUUUCCUUAUUACGUUGUAGUAAAAUGAGAACACUGAAGAUGUCUUGCUACUGAAUAAUCCCAGAUUUCUGAGAUUGCACUUAAUCAAAGUCUUAAAUUCUUUAAUUUUGUAAUAAUUCUAAUAUGUUGAUUGAGGCCUUGACACUGGCUGGUUAAGUCCUGGGUGUCGUCCUCUUUGGUAUAAUUUAUUUGCAAACUGAGCUCAAAGAGCUCAUGUAUUGAUUUAGAAACGAGGCGGAUCAUCAAAUUUUUUGACAACCUGAGCGUUAGCUCAAGCAUCAUUACAUGAUCUCAGUCUGGUCAAUACAACAGGUAAACAUUUCCUUUAAAACACUGGAGUCAGGGACUAAUGAGGUUUUAGUUAUGUGCUUAUAAUUGUGUUGUUAGUGAUCAAAUGAAAUACUGCUGAAGGGCAACAUCACUGCUUUGUUACCCCACAGGUAUAGUCUUCCUUGUGUUUCAUGCUCCCAUUUUAUUUCACUACAGACAGAUGAUAGCUGGUUACUAUACAAGGCCCUCUACACUGGUCCAGUACACAGAUUUAAAAGACGACUAACUGGGUUUUAACCGAUACUGCUGUGAAGGUCAGGAGUCACUUUAUAGUGUGAUAAGAAGAGGAGGAUAAUGAAAAGGGAGGGAUUGCUGGGAGGGUUCAAUAUCAGGUUAUUCUGAGUAUUAAUGAUUAUUGUUGAAACUGUGAUGAGCUGUGGUACGAAAGUGUGUCUCUCUGGUUGUAAAUGUUCAUACCUGUGCUGUAUGUGUUUGUCAGUCGGUGUUUAAGGCAGUCAGCUUCACUGUACACUAAGUAGUAGACAGUUUCUUCCUUUGUAAAUGUAACUGAAGGACACAGAAAUGCUAACAGAAUUUGACAUUCAUUUGCACUCUUGUCCAUUUGAAUACGUUUUGUAUUUAGUCAGAUUUACUACCCUGCUCGCGUCAAAUAGCAUAAAGGCUAACUUUAGUUUAAUCCAGUCCAUCCAGUGCUUUAAAAUUAACUGACUUUUACCGUUAAUUUCCCUUUACCAUCACCGACUAGUUGGUCUGCUCUCUUAUCGAAGCCUAUGUGUAGCAGCUGAAAAGCAAGAAUGUGUUUAUGCUUAUGUACGGUUGCGUUCUCGUACCUCCAGGCAGGACACGCAUUACGCUCACUGCAUUUUUGACAAAGCUGGACUUUUUAAAAUGUGCCCUCUCAAACGUGUCUGUGUAGUGUUUUUGUAAGCAUUUAUGUGUAUAUUGUUCAAAAAGACUGCUCACUGUAACGAAGGGAAACUCCACUUUACUUUUGUACUUUAGAGGUUUAGAAGUAUAGUUGCCCUUUAAGAGUCAUAUUAUAGAUUUUUAUUGAAUAGACAAUGAAGGAUGAUGGUUGUAAAUGGAGGAUUUUAUUUUUUGUUUAAGUAAAUUGCCGCCUUCUUAUGCUUCAUGUCCAGUCCUCAGAACCGUUGAGCUGAAUGGUUAUGAGGUCAAAAUGAACACAGAUAUCUUAAUUAUAGUUCAUUAGACUCAAAGUUGGUAAGUCUCACGUUUUGGGUUAAUUUAUUAAAAAUGAGGUGAGGCCUGUGCGAGCUAAUUUAAAUGGCUCAAUGAACCUGUUGAAAUGAAGUAAAUGGGCGCUCACACUUGUUGAGCCCAAAUCAUGGCAGCUUGUCUUAAAAUGUUAAGUUUGUUUGGAUUUUCUGAAAGACAGAAAUCUGUGAUUGUGUGUAAUUAUUUUAAUGCUGUUUCAUGUAAAUAAAAUGUGUUUCUUAAUAA